AUGACUACGAGCAUGACAAUGACAUCAACGUCUGCCCCAGCGACCUCAAUGCCAACCCCAAGCCCCAUAUCGACAACUACACCUCCUCAAGACGAUUCCGGCUCUAAAAAAUCAUCGUCCGGGGCGGUCAUUGGGGGAGCCGUGGGCGGUUCUCUGGGCGGCCUUCUCAUUAUUGGGGGGCUUGCUUACCUUGUCUGGCGAUACCUCCGCAAAGAGAAAAUCCUGCUAAGCAAAAACGAACCUAAAGAGCAUGAUUUUAACUCACUGGCAACUCAACAAAAAGUUGGGGGAUGGGGGCCGUCAGAACUGCAUGGUUCACCGUCACCGGUUAUACAUGAGGCUCCGUGA